ACUAACAAAUAAAUAAUAAUAAAAAAAAUAAAGCUGAUUGAGUCUGAAGCCAUGAGGAUAGAUCUCUAAGAACACCGAGAAGGAAGAAGAAGAAGAAGAAGAAGAAAGAAGAAGAAAGAAGAAGAAAGAAGAAGAAAGAAGACGAAAGAAGAUGAUGUCCGGUGGUAACUAUACGACUAUAGAUAACCAAAAUGUUUCUGGAUCUGUGCCCGCCGUUCCAGAUCAGGGACAAAUGACCGUUAAAUUCACCGACUCAAAUCUUCAAACAUUUCCUCCUUCGGGAACUCAAGGAAAGAUCUCGGGUGGUUCUCAACCUCCUCGUGAUGCUGAUGAUACAUUUUCAAAACCUAUCUCUGGCUCUGAUGAAUCCACCCAACAGGGUGGUGGUGGUUGGCUUCGGACCUUCGCAGUUUCUUCCUACAAACAAUAUUUUGAUGUUGAUACAUCAGAUGUUCUAGAGAGAAUCAAAGAUUCACUUUUUCCAUUUAGAGGAACUUUCAAUGAAAGGACAGCUGACACUCCAGAUCUAUACGGACCAUUUUGGAUAUGUACUACCUUGAUAUUUGUGGCUGCUUCUAUUGGAACGUUUGUAACAUACUUGGCACACAAGUUACAGAAGAAAGAUUGGAACUAUGACAUAAAUUUGGUAACCUGGUCUGCUGGUUUGUUCUAUGGAUAUGUCACAAUUGUUCCUCUUGGACUUUAUGUAAUCCUCAAGUACUUCUCGGUGCCAUCUGGCCUUGUUCAGCUCUUAUGUCUCUAUGGCUACUCCUUGUUUGUAUUCAUCCCAGCACUGUGUCUCUCUGUUGUUCCAUUGGAAAUUUUCCGAUGGGUUAUCGCAGGUGUGGCCGGGUUCAUGUCAGCAACAUUUGUGGCACUCAAUCUCCGAGCUCACAUAAAGUCAGCCGGUGAGAGAUGGUUUUUGAUUGUGGCCAGUAUCUUCUUGCUGCAGUUAGCUCUUGCUGUCAUUCUCAAACUAUAUCUCUUCACUGUUACCGUAUGAAAACUAAACUUCCCCUCCACUUUUGUUAAACAGAUUGUAGAUUACAAACUAUAUAACUUCCUUUGAGGCCAAUGGUCUCUAAUACUUGCCAUGUUUAGCAAAACCAUAUCAUUCAUUAAUUGAAAAAAGAAAAAAACAUCUUAUAUGUUAUAUAUAUAAGGUCUCGAUAGAUUUUACUAA